AGAGAGUCUGCGGCUCCAUAAAAAAUUUUCUAUUUGAGCACCUCCAACUUGACAUUGAUGCCCCUGUAACGCAGUCAUAGUUAGGUCGCCUGUUUGGCGAGUUAUCGAAAGCUCGAUCCUCAGCAAGGGCAAGUAAAAAAAUUGCUUCUUUUUAGCUUGCAAUUUUUUUUUCUUCAAAUGCCGUUUGGCUGCUUUCCCUCAUAUAGGGAUGCCCUCUUUUGACGAUGGGUGUAAUUUGAGUGAAAGGUUUAAGCUUCAAAGGCCAUAGGCAGUACCUUACAUUACAUUUCUUGGAGUAUCUGGCGUAUAAAAGCUGCUUUGGUUUUAAGGUCAUAUCGAAAAAGAAUGGAAGGGCUUGUGGUGGAAAAGCAUGUUAAGUACAUUAUAUCAGUUGAAAAGAGGAAAGAUGAUUUCGAAUCUGUGGUGAUGGAGCAUCUAAGAUUAAAUGGAGCUUACUGGGGAUUGACAACGCUUGAUAUCCUAGGAAAGAUUGAUGUAGUGGACCGAGAUGAGGUUAUUCCUUGGAUCAUGCAGUGUCAAGAUGAAUCUGGUGGAUUUGGUGGUAACAUUGGACACGACCCACAUAUCUUGUAUACCCUUAGUGCCAUCCAAGUUUUAGCGCUAUUUGAUAAGCUUGAUGUUCUUGACACUGGCAGGGUUUCAAAAUAUAUUGUCAACCUGCAAAAUGAAGAUGGUUCUUUUUCUGGUGACAUGUGGGGUGAAGUUGAUACAAGGUUCUCUUACACUGCAUUAAGUUCUCUUGCACUGUUGCAAUGCUUGGAUGCAAUUGAUGUGGAAAAGGCAGUACAAUACAUUUUAAGUUGCAAGAAUAUGGAUGGUGGAUUUGGUUGCACACCUGGGGCAGAGUCACAUGCCGGACAAAUUUUUUGUUGUGUAGGAGCUCUUGCAAUAACGGGCUCUUUGCAUCAUGUUGACAAAGAUCUCCUUGGCUGGUGGUUAUGUGAAAGACAAGUUCAAUCUGGAGGUCUUAAUGGCCGCCCUGAGAAGCUUCCUGAUGUCUGCUACUCUUGGUGGGUUCUUUCCAGUUUAAUUAUGAUAGACAGAGUUCACUGGAUUGACAAGGAGAAGCUUGUAAAAUUUAUUCUGGACUGUCAAGAUAUAGAAAAUGGUGGAAUUUCAGAUAGGCCAGAUGAUGCAGUUGAUGUUUUCCAUACCUAUUUUGGGGUUGCUGGACUUUCGCUCUUGGAAUACCCGGCACUCAAAGCUAUAGAUCCAGCAUAUGCUCUUCCUGUUGAUGUUGUUAAUAGAGUCAUCUAUCACAAGUAAUGGGUCAGUUUACCAUCGUCUCAUUCCUGCGAUGCUGACUCUUGAUGAAUUUUCAUUGACAUCAACUUUAAGCGGAUUUAAUUAAGCGGUUAAAGGGAUGUGCUCUGAUAAGCUCAUGCAGUGAUGCUUCUAGCCCUUGGAAUUUCAUCAUUGUUUUAGUUCUGUGAGGUGUAUGUGUUGUCGCUUUAAAAUUCCCAAAUCCUAAUGUCCUAUAAAAUGGGGAGAGUCUAGUGUGGCUGUGAACAUGGUAUCUGUUCAACUUUGUUUUAAAUGGCCAAGAAGUUUGUGUCCCUUCAGAUAUAUGCAUUUGACAGCGAGGUGCUUCCGCAUGCCCUGGUAACUUAGGGAGUGUUUGCAAUUGCUUCUGCUUUAAAAAAAGCACUUUUGGAGAUGUAAUGAAAAAGUGAUUAGUAGUAAAAGUUGAUAGUGUUUGAGAAAAAAGUGAUUUUGAAAAGUAAAAGUUGAUAGUGUUUGGUAAAAUAAGUGUUUUUUGUGUAAUAGAAAAGGUAAAAGCACUUUUCACACGCAAGCCGAGAAAAAGUAAAAAUUGGAAGUGUUUGGUAAAUAAGUGCUUUUUUAAGCCAAAAGCUGAGAAGUGCUUUUUUUUAAGCUAUUGCAAACACUCCCUUAGUCAGAUCUUAAAGUUAUCAGGACAAUAUUUUGUUUGUGUAAGUCAAUGUUCUCGGUGCCGCAUCAAUGACUAGUCCGUCUCAGAACUCAGUCAUGUCUUCCUUCAAACUCCUAGGCUUAAGAUAUUUUUUGUAAAUACAUAUUAACUGUGGAAAAUGUUCGAGUAUGGAUGGAAAAAACUCAUACAUGAAUGUGAUGUUUAAACCUGUUGCCAAGACACAGUUUGUCACAGAUUAACUGCAAAUGAAAUAGCUAUAGCAGA